CUCCCAUUGGACCCCAUUCCGGAAGUGCUUUGUGGCGGCGUAAACAACGCCACCAGUGUGAUUCUCUCAGUCGGCUCUCAACCAUAAAGUGACCCAAACUAGAUAUAUGUGUAUAAAACAAGACUAUCUUGGUAUAUAUGUUGCUGCUUCAAAAAUGUACCACAACCCGUUAGAAGUUAUCUGCUAGUUGGAAAGGAGCGAGAGAAAUGGACUGCGUUGUGACGGGCGGAAAUGUAAAAGUGUUCGCCAAAGCCAUCCACUCGCUGUCCAGGGUCGGCGAUGAGCUGUACGUGGAGCCCGAGGACAAGGGGCUUGCCCUGCGGUCUGUCAACUCAUCUCGGUCGGCUUACGCCUGCUUCCUGUUCACGCCGCUCUUCUUCAGCAGAUACACCACACCCGGCGGGGAUGUCUUCCGCUGCAAAAUGGCAAUAAAGAGUGUGGCGGCAGUCUUCAGGUCUCUGGCGUCUCUGGAGAAGACGGUAGAAAAGUGUCACAUCGAGCUGGACAAGCGAAAGGAUCGACUUACCUUCACGCUGCAUUGCAAACACGGUCUCUUGAAGACGCACAACCUGUCUUUCCAGGACAGUGAGAGCUUGCAGGCGGUGUUUGAUAAGGACAACAGUGCCAACACGUUUCGAGCCAAUCCUAAGCUGCUUGUUGACACAGUUGUGCAUUUCCCUCCUUCCCUGGAGGAAGUGACUCUUUCAGUCAGUGAUGAAAGAAUGUGGUUUAGGAACCAUGUGGAUGAAGAGCAGUCCAAGGCCAUGCUGACGGAGCUGUGUCUGGCCUCUGAUGAGUUUGACCAUUUUGCCGUCCAAACUCACAACAGCAUCACUUUCUGUCUGAAGGAGUCACGGGGUCUGUUACUUUUUGCAGAGUCGACAGGUCUCCCUAUUUCUAUGUACUUUAAUGAGCCGGGCAGCCCUCUCGUGCUCUCAGUGACGGACAGCGUCCUGGAGGGCAACUUUGUGCUGGCCACACUUUCAGACGACACGAGAAACACCACACAAAGAGGGAGCUCCCCCCCGCCGCUUCCUCCUCCUGACGACUUCAUGAACGACGACAUGGACGCCUACCUCAUCGCCAUGGAUACCAGCAUUGCACCGGGUCCUGCUGAAACUGACCCUACCGUUUCUAAACGGCACAAUGUAGCCAAUCAGAGGUCAAGACUGCACGGUCCAGAGGAGGAGGAAACGGCAGAAGAAGAUGCACCACCAAAUAAGAAGUUCUGUUCCCUGCUCUUCGGAUCAGUGCUUCCCCCAUCCUCUCAGACCACCACUCAGCCGAUGAGCGGCCAAGAGGUUCUGGCCAGUGACAGUGAAGACGACACUUAGGACCAAAGUUGAAGUACCUCAGCUGGCAUGUUCAUCAAGAGGACUGCAGCCACGGGUCCUUGAGCCUGACAAUAGCCAUCCUCUGGCUUGUACUGAGUGAAAGCUUUCAACACUCUGAACAAUCCCUGCUGCCUAAACACAAGCACGGUGAUAGGAUUCUGAGAAACAGCAGCAAGGAAUACCAGCGAUGAUGCAAUGCAGCAUACCCGUGUCCCUCCUUGGAGAGGAACAUCUCGUGGAAAGGAAACUGUCGGUCCAGAUCUCUCUCGAUGACGUCCACCCACUUCUGCAGCGCGGCCUUAGAGUCCAGACACUGACACCACAUGUUUGGUCUCCUUUUAUCUGUCAUUUGAAUUUUAGUGAGAUUCUUGGGUUGGUUUGUUUUUUACCUGGUAGAGGUGUUUGUUGUUGUUCAUCCUGUUGGUGGCGCCACAGAGCAGAGGCCAGCACUUUGCUCUAAGUGAGGAUGGGAUACCUUUCUGGCACUGAACUUUGACCUGUAACCAACAUGGAUGCUUGUAGAUGGAUAGAGAUGGAUGGAUGGAUGGAUGGACGGACACACCAUGUUAUUCUUCUUGAACAAGAUGCUCUCCCAUUGGUCCAUGACGUUGAUCCACUUGGCUUCCCUCUGCCUGACCAGUUGAGGCCGCGGGCCCGCAGUCCUGCUGACACAUUAUACACAAACACUCAAAAAAAGGCAUUUAAACUGUUUAUAUCAUGUGAUUAUAAAUGUUAGGUUGGAUUAAAUUAUAUAAAAAUUUUAGUAAAUGUAUUUAGUGUGGCGACACAUUGCUUUUAUUACAAAUAAUAGCUUUACGGUUUUAUUGGUGCAUUUUGCAUUUAUUUGGACUGGACUCUCACUAUUAUGUUAGAUCCACUA